UAAGACCCUCCGGGUUUGUCAACAAACGGCGGCGUCACGGUUCACGCUCGCGACGCGCUCUACGCGGGAGUCCAGGGGAAACGGCUCAACGGAAGCGCGCGCUGACGGUUGUACUUAUCCGACAGCUCUGACAGGUCUUUGUGCUUUAGCUUGAUAGCCUAAGAAGCUAACCUAGCUAGCUAGCCUAAGACGCUAACCUAACCGGGUGAGCUAGGUUAGCUAGGGUAGGGUCCCCUAGGUUAGCUAGGUUAACUAAGCUAUCUAGGUCCCCUAGGUUAGCUAGGUCCCCUAGGUUAUCUAGGUCCCUUAGGUUAGCUAGGUUAUCUAGGUCCCCUAGCUUAGCCAGGUUAACUAAGCUAUCUAGGUCCCCUAGGUUAUCUAGGUCCCUUAGGUUAACUAGGUUAUCUAGGUCCCCUAGGUUAGCUAGGUUAUCUAGCUAGCUUGAGUAGCCGCCCGAAUGCGCUCUUGCUGAAGCUCCGCUACCUCAGCCAUCCGCUAGGCCUUUAGGGAACUUCUGCAGCGGCUUGAACAUGUCCUGCGGUCGGCAGCAGCAGGCCGGCGGCGGGCCAGGGUCUGUCCCCGGGACGAGCUCCGGGGGCCCUACGGGUGCCAGCGGCGGCGGCGGCAGCAGCAGCGGCACCCCGAACGGCAGCAGCCCCGGUAACGGGCUCUCUUCGCGGACACCGGGCCCGGGAGCAGCGGUCUCGUCUGCUGCGAGCCACAGCAGGAAGAGGCCGCUCCACAACGGCCUGAUGAGCCCCUACGAGGACAAGAGUAACGACUUCGUUUGCCCCAUAUGUUUUGAGAUGAUAGAGGAGGCCCACAUGACAAAAUGUGGCCACAGUUUCUGUUACAAAUGUAUACGACAGAGUUUGGAAGACAGCAACAGGUGUCCAAAAUGUAAUUACAUAAUUGACAACGUGGACCAGCUCUACCCCAACUUCCUCGUGAAUGAACUGAUCCUGAAACAGAAGCAGAGGUCGGAGGAGAAGCGACUGAAGAGGGACCACCCUGUAAGCAACGGAACCAAGUGGCAGUUUUUCCAAGACGUUCUUGGCACAGACCAGGAGAACCUGGAUUUAGCAAACGUCAACUACAUGCUGGAGCUGUUGGUCCAGAAGAAGAAGCAGCUUGAAGCGGAAUCACAAGCAGCCCAGCGGCAGAUCCUGAUGGAGUUCCUGAAGGAAGCCAGAAGGAACAAGAGAGAGCAACUGGAACAGUUGCAGAAAGAACUCAACUUUCUGGAGGAGGACAUAAAGCGUGUAGAGGAGAUGACGAGGCUCUACUCACCAGAGAGCGACAUGGACCAUAAUCUGGACAGCACGGUGCCUCAGUUUGGGGAAGAGAACCCUCCUGCCCCCAGCAGCUGUAUGAUGGAACACACCGAAUACAUCCAGCCUCCGCAGUUCGGAGGAAGUUCCCAGGGCAAGAGGCAGACCUGGUACAACAGCACGCUGGCCUCUCGGCGGAAGAGGCUGACGGCACACUUUGAGGACUUGGAGCAGUGCUACUUCUCCAACCGCAUGUCUCGGAUCACGGAUGACGGCAGGACUGUAAACCAGCUCGACGACUUUAUGGAAUGUCUCUCCAAAUUCACACGUUACAACUCUGUUCGGCCCCUGGCCACUCUGUCCUAUGCCAGUGACCUGUACAACGGCUCCAGUAUCGUCUCCAGCAUAGAGUUUGACCGUGACUGUGAUUACUUCGCCAUCGCCGGUGUCACCAAGAAAAUUAAGGUGUUUGAAUACGGUACGGUGAUCCAGGAUGCUGUGGACAUCCAUUAUCCCGUCAACGAGAUGACGUGCAACUCCAAAAUUAGCUGUAUCAGUUGGAGUAGUUACCAUAAGAACCUGCUGGCGAGUAGCGACUAUGAAGGGACGGUCAUCCUUUGGGAUGGGUUCACAGGGCAGCGGUCAAAGGUUUAUCAGGAGCACGAGAAGAGGUGCUGGAGCGUGGACUUCAACCUGAUGGACCCCAAACUCUUGGCGUCGGGCUCAGACGAUGCAAAAGUCAAAUUGUGGUCUACCAAUCUGGACAACUCGGUGGCCAGCAUCGAGGCCAAGGCCAACGUCUGCUGCGUGAAGUUCAGCCCCACGUCUCGCUACCACCUUGCCUUCGGCUGCGCAGACCACUGUGUCCAUUACUAUGACCUGAGGAACACCAAACAGCCCAUCAUGGUCUUCAAAGGUCACCGCAAGGCCGUGUCUUACGCCAAGUUCGUUAACGGCGAAGAGAUCGUGUCUGCGUCCACAGACAGCCAACUAAAGCUCUGGAACGUCGGCAAACCGCACUGUCUGCGCUCCUUCAAGGGUCACGUCAACGAGAAGAACUUUGUGGGUCUGGCCUCCAACGGUGACUACGUGGCCUGCGGAAGUGAAAACAACUCCCUGUAUUUGUACUACAAGGGCUUGUCCAAAACGCUGCUCACCUUCAAGUUUGACACGGUCAAGAGUGUCCUGGACAAGGAGAAGAAGGAAGACGACACCAACGAGUUCGUCAGCGCCGUGUGCUGGAGGGCGCUGCCCGAUGGGGAGUCAAAUGUGCUGAUCGCAGCCAACAGUCAAGGAACCAUCAAGGUACUGGAGCUGGUUUGAAGGCGAGCCCAGCCCAGCCCCGCGGUACUGAGCCGUCACCUGGCUUGUUCUCCUUGUCGGAGGAGGCGUGUGGCCCUGCUGAAACUCCGGCUGGCUUGACGCGAAUGUUUCCAGUGAGCCAUGUCCAAGCACGACAGGCACAGCUGAGAAUCUCCCGACUUUCAUAUCAAACCUGAACUUUGCGGGACGGCCUGGCCGUCCCACACUUCAGUACGAGUGUCGUUUGAGACGGAGUGAGACUAACUGAAACACGAGAUGAGCUUUUAUGGGACGGAUAGGUGAUGAACGGGUGCUUUCUUUUCGGAAGCAAUCGGUUGAGUAAAAGCGUUAACACGGAGACAUUUUAGUAACAGACAAACUCCCAGACCUGUUGUGAACGUUUAGUGGCGGCACAUCUAACACACACACACACACACACACACACACACACACACACACACACACACACACACACACACGGAGCCAAAGCACAAACCCGGAACACAACAAAACUGCCUUCUGUUAUAUAAAUGACCAAUCCCCACCUCCGCGGUUCAGUCCGUAGUCUUCGUACGCCCUUGUCUUUUGAUGCGUUCAGUGUCGGCGGAGCCACAAAAACGGACGUUUUCGGUUUGGCCCAUGCAGGUGGCCUCUCUCUCUCUCUCUCUCUCUCUCUCUCUCUCUCUCUCUCUCUCUCUC